AUGGAUUCCGGGUUUAUUCGCGAGAAUAUCCCCGCCAUCGCGUCGAUCGCUGUGUUGGUAUACGUUCUCUCGGUCGUAUACCGGUCGCAGAAAAGUCACCUAAGCUACUUACCCGGUCCUUGGUAUACCAAGUUUACCGACCUCCUUCUCCGAUACAAAGUCGUCACCGGCCAGCGGCCCCGAUAUGUCCACGCUCUGCAUGAAAAAUAUGGCCCCGUUGUGCGAAUUGGACCCGACGAAGUCGAUGUUUCUGACAUCAGCGGCGCACGCGAAAUCCAUCGCAUCGGAAGUGGUUUCCUAAAAUCCCCUUGGUAUUCCCUGUUGAACCGCAAGGAUACACAGAGUAUCUUCACCACCACCGACCCCAAGUACCACAAUGCCCAUCGUCGACUCCUCUCAUCUCCUAUGUCUGAACUGUCACUCAAGUCGAUGGAGCCACUGAUCCAGUCUCGAGUACGCCUGACGAUCCAGAAAAUGCAAGAAGAGAUGAAGACUCGUGGCGUGGCGGACGUCUAUAAAUGGUGGUUUUUCAUGGCUACGGAUGUCAUUGGAGAAAUUACCUUUGGAGAAUCCUUCCGCAUGUUGGAAAAGGGAAAGAAAAACCAAUAUGUGAAAGACAUCGAGAUGACUUCGAUGAUUGGUGGUAUUCGUGCAAGUUUCCCUAUCCUCGUCAAGCUGGCGACGCUACUCCCUUUUCCCAUCAUCAAGGAGGUCAACGAAAGCGGAGACCGUGUGUUCGGAUAUGCAACGGAAUCUAUCAAUCGGUACAAACGUCUCUUGGCUGAGAACCCGAACGACCCAAAACCGACUGUCUUCACCAAGUUGUACAAUGCGGGCGAGGAAGGUCUGCCAGAUAAUGAAAUCCGAGACGAUGCGCAAAGUUUUAUCGUGGCCGGUAGCGAUACCACUGCCAACACUCUGACCUACCUGGUCUGGGCUGCUUGCCGGGACCCUCAGAUUAAACAGAAGUUGGUCGACGAACUGGCAGAGAUUCGAGAUGACUUUACGGACGAGGACCUGCGGCCACUGCCCUACUUGAACCAGGUAAUCAACGAGGCUCUCCGUCUCUACCCGGCUGUUCCUUCAGCCUUGCCACGUAGUGUGCCACCAAAGGGAACGACAAUGGGAGGUCACUGGAUACCUGGGGGUUCUACUGUGGGCACCCAGCUGUAUAGUUUGCAUCGUGAUCCGGUUGCUUACCCUGAUCCGGAGAAAUUCGAUCCGUCCCGGUGGGCCUCACCUACAAAGCUCAUGAAAGACGCAUUCAUGCCAUUCGGGGCUGGAUCUCGCAACUGUAUUGGACUACAUCUCGCCAAGAUGGAGCUGCGACUCGCAACCGGCUACUUCUUUCGCUACUUCCCCAAUGCCAAGAUUUCUAGCAAGUACGAUUUCAACGAUAACGACAUGGAACAGAUGCUGUUCUUCCUAAUGUUUCCGAAGGGGAAGCGGUGCCUCGUGGAAGUGUGA